AUGUCCUGUGUGAGCUGUCGGGAACAGAAGCUGAAGUGUGACCGCUCGCAGCCACGUUGUAGCCGCUGUGCGAGGCGAGACGCCAAAUGUACAUACCCAACUACAAGAAGGCGCCAAGUUGGACCAAGAAGAACCAUCCCAGAGUUAGAAACACGACUAGCGAACAUCGAGAGUAUUGUGAAAAGUUCUCGAGAUGAUAGGCUCGGGCGUGCUUUAAACAAUGAUGAUGUUAUUGCAUCAUUCCCUGAUAAAGACAUCCAUGAUGUCGUUGAUAACACAGAUUCGCCAUUAGAUUGUGAAGCAAAGACGGGGCCAUCGACUCUGCGGUCGGUUAGGAUGAGUCCCUUCGGGCAGGUACCUUAUGGUGGCUUGUUAGACGAUCUGUAUGCUUCUUCGGAUUUGUCACCCAAUCUACGUCCACCAAUGUAUCUGCGAUAUGUUAUCGCAGCUUUAGCAGCAUCAAUAGUGGAAAACUAUCGUAAUCUAGCCUUAACGUUAUAUCAUCAGGCUAGGCUAUGCGUCGAGGAAGAAGAGUUAAAGGACUUUAGGCCUCAGCCUGUAACCCUGGCCCAGGCGCAAUUCUGGUGCUUGAUAUCUAAUUUUGAGGCGCAACAAACGUUUUUCUCCCGGGCCUCAACAAGCCUAAGCCGCUGUCUCAGAAUCGCUCAAAUGCUACGCCUGCACCAACUUGAUGCAGUUGAUGGACAACUACCACCAGGUGUGUCAGAAACGAAGAACUGGCCUGAGCUGGAAGAAGCACGCCGAACGUGGUGGGUCAUCUUUUGCUCCGACCGCUUUGUUUCAGGAUCAACGGGAUGGCCUGCAUUGAUCAACGAUGAUGAUAUAUCUACUUUUCUCCCUGCGUCAGAAGAAGCCUUUGAGAGCGGCGUGGCGGAAUCGACAGGCUUGUUGGGAGACGUGCUGCAGCAAGGCUGUAAAAAGUACUCGUCAUUUGCGGGGAGGGUGCUCGUUGCGCACUUGUUCUAUCAAAGUGCAAAACAUGUUUCGGGCCAUUUGUCGGAUGAGCACUCUGCAGACAUUCGCAAUGGUUCAUUUUGGACACGACACACUAUGAUUGAUAAUGACCUGGCGACUCUAAUAAUGCGUUUGCCGGAAGAUUUGCGGCUUCCGGGGAACCUCCAAUGCCAAAACGCCCUGUUUACAAAUAUCAUGAUUCAUACGGCAAUCAUAUGCCUUAAUAGGGCGGCGAUACGGGAGACGCGACGAUUGGCGCUGCCAUCCUCUCUGUUCAACCGCGGUCAAGCUCGACUGUUAAGCGCGGCGGAAGAGAUUUUUAACAUCUUUCGGGAAAUUACAGAUAUGGACGCUGCAUUCAGUAAUCCACUGCUUGUAUAUUGCGCUUACAUGGCUUCGUCAGUUUAUCUUGACGCGUCCGUUGCCGAAGACAGAAGACAAGCAGGGUUUAACCUGACUUACCUUCUUCACAUCAUGAUAGCUCUCAGUAAAACGAAUGUGAUUGCCAGAUCACUGGCUAUUCAAAUUGCAGAAGACAUGAAGAACAUUGGGCUAGAUUCCUCUGCAAUAGAAACAGUGACAGUGACAAUCCCCGAAUACUGA